CUGCCGCGCGCGGUGGUGGACGCGCUGAGAGCGAACUUUGUGCUGUACACGACGAAAGUGCGACACGAGUCGCGGUCGGGGGAUGGGACGACGACGAAGAUGAUCGUGGAGCUCGCGGGCGGGGACGUCGUGGAGGCGUGCGUGAUGCGACACGCCAAGGGAAGGACGACGCUGUGCGUGAGCUCGCAGGUCGGAUGUAAGAUGGGAUGCACGUUUUGCGCGACGGGAACGCUCGGAGAGCUCGGGAAUCUGAGCGCGGGGGAGAUUUGUGAACAGUUGGCGCACGCGAGUCGAGGCGACGCGGUGAGAAACGUCGUGUUCAUGGGGAUGGGCGAACCGUUGAAUAAUUACAGAAACGUGAUCGACGCGAUCGAGGCGAUGACGAGCGAUAAGGGGUUUGGAUUGUCGCCGGCGAAAAUAACGGUGAGCACGGUGGGGGUGAUUCCGAGGAUGCGGACGCUGCGGCGAGACGCGCCGGGGACGCGCUUGGCGCUGUCGCUGCACGCGCCGAACCAGGCGCUGAGACAAAAGAUUGUGCCGACGGCGACGGCGUACAAAUUGGAGGAUUUAAUGGCGACUUUGGAUGAGCACAUGGCCAGUGGACCAAAGAUGAAGACGAUGAUCGAGUAUUGCGUCUUGGGAGGCGUGAACGACGACGAGGCGUGCGCGCGAGAGCUCGGCGCCCUGUUGCGCGGUAAGGAGGUAAUCGUGAACUUGAUACCGUUGAACCCGACGGAUACGCCGGCUGGGCACGUGCCGCCGACGCGCGAGGCGGUGCAAAAAAUGUUGGAAAUUUUGACGUCGCCGGAGUUCGAUUUGUUCACCACCGUGCGUCACGAGAUGGGGCAAGACAUCGCCGGGGCGUGCGGGCAACUCGCGCUAAAGACGCCCGAU